AUGUUCAUGUGUACACGGAGACUCCGAUUCCGCAAAGAUCAUAAUCCCCUGCAAGGUUUCCUUUGUAAUAGGAAGGUCGAUUUGCUGACUAGACUACAAGGGCUGGCCAAGAGGUUGAGACUGCGUUCCAAACUGUAUAAUGGCAGGCAACGUGCACCUCAUACAGCGCAAGAUUUGAAGGAGCCUAAAACGUUAGCCAAGGUCACUGAAGACAGUGUUGAUUACGAUCGAGUCACGAGAGAACUUUUGGGAGAGUUGUUAACGAAGGUCACCUUCCUCUCCAACAGAGAAUGCAUCCUUAUUCUGGACCUGUUGGGAAGGAUAAAAAAGCCGCUGCACCGCUGUCGCGCGGAUCGGAAAAGCGAUGAAAAUGAAGGUUCAAAUGUUGAAACGACGUGUUCUCCCUCUCUGUCUGUGUGCGGAGUGGACGCAGCGCCUGUCUGCCGUGGUACCGUCCACCACUUGCCCAUACCCGAAAAAUACGGAGCCAUCGCAAACGAUCAGCUUGUGCGAUUUGUGGUCAAGGCACAAAAAAUGCUUCUGAAUCAUCUGUUAAAAGCACACGAGCAGAAAGUGUUAACCAAGGCACAGAAGUACUACCUUACUUGCAUACUCUCGAGGGAGUGCUCCUUGGCCAGUGUGGAACGAUGGGCAUCUAUCAUGGACGAGCUCAAACGAGAUUUGGAACUCCGAAAGGACUACUCACCAUUUGAAUGUGCCAACCUGCUGCUGGUGUAUGAUCAAAUAUGCCGCUGGAUGGGAAAGCGUCUGACAAGAACCUCCAAACGUGCCGCAACGCGUGAGCUUACGUGUAAUCCGAAUCAAGCUUGCAGCCAUGUCGGUGAUAGUAAUAUGAACUUAAACUUGGACCCAUUUGAUUCGGAUUUCUUCGACGUGGCGCUCAAUAGGCUCGAGCCUAUGUUAUCGCAGCUAACUCCUGAAAAGGUUAUCAAAUUGUUGUAUCUACAACGAUCACGACGUAUAUACAGCAAGACAUUCAUGCAUUCGGCGGCUAAGUGCCUGUCUGAGCUGGAAUGGUCAAAUAUGAAGUAUCUCAAGAUGUAUACAUCCGCAAUUGGAAUAUAUCACAAAGUGUCCAUGGCGAAUUUGUGGAGUGAAUUUAAAAAUAUCUACGCAUCGCAAGAAAGCCACUGUGGCUUAAUCCAUGAUGGGUCGCCCAUGCUCCGCAUUGUAACCAAUGAAGUCUUGGGGGUGGACACCCCUGCCGAGAGUCACGGGGUUAGCUCCUUGCGGCUAAAGGCUACUAGUGAAUUGGCGGAAUGCACUUCCUUUUGUCUCGUAGCAUUGAUUAUCAAUUAUACUAUAAAUAUAUGUCAGAGUUACAACCUCGAACAUUCUGGUUUCAAAGCACUUGAGAAUCGCAUCAACGGACACAACUUUGGCAACGAAGCCUUAAAGGAAACGUUGCUUAGAUGCAUGCUGGAGGAUACGCCACGUAAUGUUUCGCAAUCAUUUGGUGAUGGUAACCCUAUAACAUUGCGGAUAGAAGGUAUAGUGGAGAUUGUCCUAGGCCACAUAUAUUUUAACCAUUGCGUACUAAUGCACCUAUCGCCAGACCAGGGGCACGAUCAAAUACGACAACGAUCACACCUCAAUCUGCACAUUCUGUACGAACUUGUUCUAAAAUUGGUCGAAUUACGGUCGGAUAUGCCGAUCGAUUCCACAAUGGAUCAGCGAAAUGCUGAACUACAAGUGAUCGCAAAGGUGCGCAAAGCCAUUAACGAGUUGUUAAGGUUGGAUGCUGAUCUAUGUGGCUUCCAUGGCAUUGUAAAAGGCUUAUUAAACAAGUUAGAUGCGAUUGAUAGGAGACUCGAUGACAGUUGA